CAAGAACAGGCGGAUCAGUACGGGGCGAUUUAAAUAAAUAUAUCGCUUACGGUGUACGCCUCACAUACCUCGGGCAGCUUUCUUGGCUGCCUGCUCCAAGCUGAGAGGGGGGGGGCAAGGGGGAGCACCCCGGAUACCACGGGCUAUAAAUUGGUGUCUAGCCCACGUCCCCUAUUUUUCUUACCCCCUUCUCACUUACGAUUCUUGACAGCUCCCCCUUUUUUGCCGCUUCCUAGAUCAACUCAUUUCCUCUCCUUAUACCAUACCUAUCCACUAUGGCAGCAAAUACGGUGUAUGUCAUCACUGGCGCCAAUAGGGGCUUAGGUCUCGGCUUGACCAAGGCACUCCUGGGUCGCCCGUCGACAACCGUCAUCGCCACGGUGCGCAACGGUGAAGCCGUCGCCACGCUUCAAUCCGAAACCGACAGCAUCACCGCCGCCAACAAGACUACCCUCUACAUAUUGAAGCUGGACUUCUCGUCGGCCGUCCCCCCCGAGAAGAUCAUCGAGACCUUCAACGCGGCCACCGGCGCCGGCGACGUCAGCCACGCCGACGUGCUCAUCUGCAACGCGGCCUCCGUGUUUCCCAUGGCCCCCAGCGCCGCCGUCAAAGCCGAGCACCUCCGCGCAGCCUUCGAGGCCAACACGAUCGCGUCGCUGCUGGUGUUCCAGGCCUUCUGGCCGCUGCUCCAGAAGUCGCCCUCCCGAGCCCCCAAGGUCGUCAUGGUGACCUCGUCUCUCGGCUGCAUAACGAACAUGGAGCGCGUGCCCGCCGGCGCCUACGGGCCCAGCAAGGCGGCGCUCAACUACCUCGCCAAGUCGCUGCACACGCAGCACGAGGCCGGCGGCCUGAUAGCCGUCGCCUUGCAUCCGGGCUGGGUGCAGACACGUGCCGGCCAGUCGGCGGCCAAGGAUUGGGGAUUUCCCGGCGAGCCCCCCGUCUCCGUCGAUGACAGCGUCAAGGGCAUGCUAGAUGUCAUCGACAAGGCCACGCGAGAGACCGCGUCGGGCAAGUUCGUCACGCAGACGGGCGAUGUCAUGCCGUGGUAGUGGUCUACCUCGGGGGGUGAUUGAGCGCGUAACGGUGCGCGACGAAGGGGGCUUUCACCGGGAGACUAUACUCGGCAUCGGGUCGGACGUAGCAUACGAGAAAUACAGAAUUGGC